AUGGACGUACUGAAUACGAUGGUUGGCCGCGGUCACGAGCAGGUGACGAUGUACAGCGACCCGGAGUCCGGCCUGAAGGGCAUCAUCGCGAUCCACGACACCACCCUGGGCCCGUCAUGCGGCGGGACGCGCAUGUGGCCCUACGCCACCGAACAGGAAGCGCUCACCGACGCCCUCAACCUCUCCCGCGCCAUGACCUACAAGUCGGCGGCGGCCGGCCUGCAUCUGGGCGGCGGCAAGGGCGUCAUUAUCGGCGAUCCUCGCACCGACAAGACCGAAGCCCUGCUGCGCGCCUGGGGCCGGUUCGUGGAUACGCUGGGCGGCCGCUACCUCACCACCACCGACGUUGGCACUACGGGACGGGACCUGGAAGCAGUCCGGCAGGAAACGCAGCACGUGCUGGGCCUCGACGUGACCCUGGGCGGCAGCGGCGACACGUCCGUGAUGACCGGCCUGGGGAUCUACAUGGGCAUGAAGGCCUGCGCGUCCGACGUCUGGGGCGCUGACGACCUGCGGGGGCGCACCGUCGCGAUGCAGGGGUUCGGCAAGGUGGCGACGCACACGGCUGAACACCUGAUUGAGGAGGAUGUGCGGAUCAUCGCCACGGACAUCAACGAAAUGGCGCUGGACCGGGCCCGCCAAAUGGGCGUCAAGGUCGUUGGGCCGGACGAGAUCUACGACAUUGACUGCGACAUCUUUGCGCCCUGCGCGCUGGGUGGCGUUAUCAACACGCAGACCAUUGAUCGCCUGCGCUGUAGCAUCGUAGCCGGCGGCGCGAACAACCAGCUGGCCACGGCCGAAGACGGCGAGGAGUUGCACCGGCGCGGCAUCGUCUACGCACCCGACUUUCUGAUCAACGCCGGCGGCGUCAUCAACGCCUCCGCCGAGAUCGGCCAACCGUACAACCCGGACCGCUCACGCCAGCAAACGGAACGGAUCUACGAGCAGAUGUCGGCGGUGCUGACCACGUCCCGCAAGCAGGAGAUUUCGACCGCGCGGGCGGCGGAUAUCCUGGCGGAGUCGCGGCUGGACUCGGUUCGCCGCAUGCGUCGGAUCUGGCGCGGCUAA